GUCUAAUUUGAUUGAGUAAAUAAAGUAGGACGAGAUAUGUUCGUAUCUGUCUCAUAAUCACCCACUACUCCUUAUUAUUGAUCUGUAAACAUUUCUUAAUUGAUUUUUGUUGAUUUCUUUUAACUUUGCUGUUAUAUUAGAAAAAAAUGGAAUGAACGCAAGAAAUAUUCAUUCAUUCGGACUCAUUGUGACAUUAAACGUAUAAUCAAGGUUUAUUUAACAAAAGUGAAAUAAACGGGAGCUUAGUAUUCUAUCGGUUUCAUUGUGUCAUAUAAUACUUCAUUAAACGUAUAACUAAGAUUUAUAUCUCUGAAAGUUCUGGAAAUAUAAGUUUAUCUAAAUCAAUUUAGAUUGAAUAAAAUUUCGGACGACCAGACCAACAUGCUGUCGUUAUUGCAAUGGGAUCUUGAUGAGAAUACAAAUACGAUGAAAACUAAUUGAUGGCAAAGAAUGAUUAAUUGUUGACACAACAUGGCAGCAGACGAACCAAAUUUACUGGAUACGAUUUCGGACAUGACUACAGCUUCUGUUCCAAUGAACAAUACAUACGUCACUGUCAACCUUACAGAAGACAUUUUCAACAUUACUAGUAAUGAAACGCUUGCAGAGUUAAACUUCCGGUAUGCAGAAGCAUUACUUCCGUUUGCAGUUAUUCUCGGAUUGUUUUGUUUCAUUGGUAUUGUUGGUAACUUAGUGGUGAUUUUAGUUUUCUCGUUCAGUAAGGAAUAUAGGAAAACUAAUUUCAAAGUGUUUGUUUUAAGUAUAGCGGCAGUCGAUCUUAUGUCAUGUUUUACCUUGAUGCCUGUGGAGAUAUUCAAAACUCGACAUUUUUUCUCAAUCUCGGACCACACGCCAUGCAAAGUGAAGUGUUUCUUUAACAUUUUCGGCAUGAACAUUUCAGCAUUCAUUCUUUUUGUCAUAUGUAUAGACCGGUAUAGAAAAGUCUGCCAGCCUUUGAAGAAACAAAUAUGGCCGCAUCUUGCGGUAAAACUUUUGUUAGGAGUGUUUAUAGUUUCAUUUAUUCUUUCCGUUCCUGCACCAAUCAUGUGUGGCGUUACAGAGCACAUGAAAACUAACAUUUAUAACUCAAGUGUUACAGUGUUUGUAUGCUCAGCAGAGAAAAAAUACCACGAUAGUACAUUCAGAUAUAUCUAUAAAAUUGGCUUAACAGUAUUAUUAGUAAUUAUAUCUAUAUCAUUAAUUGUGAUGUAUAUUAUGAUAAUGAAGACGGUUGUGAGACACUGGGGUAAGAGAGAAUCUGGGAAGAGUGUCCGAUUUGAAUCCAGCCGUUCCCGCCCCCCAUCAGACGACAAAUUACAGCCAACAGAACAUGAAGAAUUUGUUGUGAAUAUCAAAGCUGUAGAAGUGGAAGCUCAUAUAAAUGCACUUCUCACGGUUUAUUUUAAUGAUACUAACAAAAAUGAGGAAGCAAAACGCUUGAAGAGUUCAAGUCGUUUAUCCUUGAACUCGUAUUUGACUAAAGGUCGGUUUACUAUUAAAAGGAGCAGCAGUGACGUAUCAUUCCGCACGCGCGCUGCAAGGCGCCAACCGUCGUCUGCAGUGAAAGGACGACUUCCGUACAAGACUUUAAUCUGGUUCAUUUUGACGCUUGUGUUUUUAAUCACAUACAUUAUAAAUGCUGGAUUAUCUUUUAUGACCACCAAAGAAUACGAAUUGUCACCGCGUUGCCUAUUUUGGUUUCAAGUAUUUUUCCGAAUUUACUUUAUCAACAAUAUUAUAAAUCCAAUCAUUUAUGCUUGGCUAGACAAACGAUUUAAAAAUUCAUGUAAGAAUAUUAUUUCUGCCUUGAAAGGAAAACUUACAAAAUGGUAACUGUUGUAAAGUUAUUCGUCAUAUAUGGCUUUGACACUGAACUAUGAAAUAAUGGCACACUAAUUAUGCUUGUAAAUGUCUAUUUUUACGUAUGUAUAUGUAGUAAUCAUAAUUAUUUAAAUGAAAUGAUGUAUCAUAUUAUUAAA